AUGGAGGUUGAAGUUCCAGGCUAUGGCCGUAUCGGCUACAGCAUCACCAUGUACCAGCCAUUAUGCGCAUACUCGUGCCGUGUGGCUCUUUCAGCUAGCCCAUUGAACCGCAGCAACAGGACGGAGGUGAAUGGAAUAGUGUUUGUUAAUACUCCAUUUAGCUGCUUCGCCACGAACGAUGCUUUCCUCAUGUCUUUAGCGUAG